CGCAAGCCUGAAACCGUACCGGCGCUGACACAGUGGGGGAGCAUGCAUGCAUGGCCGAGCCCGCGCUGCGCUGACUUGGUUUUCUUCAGGCCGAACUAUACGACUUUCCACCGAGCCUGCUUACAUUUGCCUCGUUUCAUGCGACACAUCGAAGUAUCUCCGUCCAUGCUGAGGUUUUUAUAAACUCGUUUUAUGCCACGGCACAUUUGAAUGACUCCGAUCCGAGUAAGGAAAGAGCUGAUCCAGCCGUGACAAUCCAGCGACAACGCCGAAGACACGGACACAGAUCCGAGGGUGGACAACGUCAAGGAAGACACAGGACAACGUCAAGGAAGACACGGAACUGUCUGUAGCGCACAGGUUCUUUGGAGUUACUUAUUAUUCCAAAGUUCUUGAACAAUUGAACAGAUUUAUGCAUGGACUACUCUGUUAUUACCUUUAAUAUCAGCAAUUAUAUAGCUGCGUAACCUAUAGUUGCAGAAACUAUUAGUGCGCAAAUAAGAGUUGUUCCGAGGAGAGAAUUAUUCCUCAUUGUGUUUAAAAGGCUAUUCAUGGUAGACCUACUGAAGGAUACCUUUUUUAAGGCUUUAAAUUCAUGUGUAUAAUAUUUGUGGCAUUCCACAUUGCGGUUGAAGAGGAUGCGCUUGUUGCUAUGAAUACAUUAUACGAGCAUUGACUGAAAUAGUAUUUAUUUCAAACGGACCCUCAACUAAUAUAGCAGCAUUUUUUUCCCACCUAUUGCAAUUAUUUUGUAUUCCACAAAAAACUGAUUGUGCUUUUCUAAAACGGAAUGCAAAUACUGAACUUUUUCCAAAUGUCAAUUCAAGCUUCAGCACAAUAACUUCCUCGCGAAGUAAUCCAAUCAGUAUAAGGCAAUUCUAAUUUAAAAGCCUUCAGAUGGGAAUAUCAUUUCAUUCUGUCUGUUCAUUCGAAUAAUUCUAUCACGCGAGACGCUGCAUCGAGAGGGACUUUGGCGUGGCCAAGUUCGGGAGCUUUGCCGCAGGUGGAAAUGAUCCUGUUCGUUUCCCUGGUGUUAUGGAUGUGUGCAUAUGGCCAAGAGCCGGCGUCCAAGGUGGUGUCCGACCGCUAUGCCGUCUACUGGAACCGGACCAACCCCAGGUUCUACCGGGGUGACUACCACAUCGACGUGUGUAUAAAUGACUACCUGGACGUCUUCUGUCCCCACUACCUGGACUAUGUCCCUGAAGAGCGAAUGGAGCGCUACGUCCUCUACAUGGUCAACUACGACGGCUACAGCUCCUGUGACCACACGGCCAAGGGCUUCAAACGCUGGGAGUGUAACAGGCCCCAUUCCCCAAACGGACCCCUGAAGUUCUCAGAGAAGUUCCAGCUCUUCACCCCCUUCUCUUUGGGCUUCGAGUUCCGCUCCGGCAGAGAGUACUACUACAUCUCAUCCACCGUUGCUGACAAUGGAAGGAGAAGUUGCCUUCGACUGAAGGUGUUCGUCAGACCAGCAACAGACAAUUGUGUGAAAACUGUCAGUGUUCACGAUCGGGUCUUUGACGUCAAUGAGAGGGUGGACAAUUCCCUAGAACCAAGAGAUGAUACCAGUCACGAAUCAGCCGAGCCGUCCCGAGGUGACGUCAACUCGGUGGGCCGGGUUCAGACCACCGGCCUGCUGGUCACCUCCACCCUGGUUCUCUGUGCAGCCAUCUUGUCUUUAUAGCGCCCAGCCUGAGGGUUUUAGACAGGGCGGAGUGGACUUGCCCUGACUGGACCAUACAACCCCCAAGGUGCACUUUUUAAAAGACAGUCUGAGUGCCGGGGAGAGGUGGACUUCUAAGGGGGAAGACCUUUUUAUAAACUUUGCUUUGGGGAGUUAAGAUGCCAAAAGCCUUUUUGACUCUCAUUUUGUCAUUUUACUUUCCUGUAGAUGUUAAUAUUUGAAGGUCAUAGUAUCCCAGUGAAUUUGCUGUCCCCACCACCUCUCUCUCUCUCUCUCACGUUCACACGCUCACGCACGCACGCACGCACACACACACACACACACACACACACACACACACACACACACACACACACACACACACACACACACACACACACACACACACACACACACACACACACACGCACACACACACACACAAUCACUCUCGCCUCUGUGGUCCCACCAUACCUUUUGCAAGAUGAAACAACGGAACAAGAACUACUAAAAAUAACUUUUUUUCAAGCCCCCAAAGGACUUUGAUUGAGAAUAUGAUGAAGUCUUACAGCGAAUAACUAUGAUAAUUUGAAGAUGGCUUGUGUCAGCCAAUGGCAAUGAAGCAAAGGAAUACUGGCCAAUCACAUGAGGCCAAGACAUACUGGCCAAUCAAAUGAGGACAAGGCAUGCUGGCCAAUCAAUGGUGAAACAAGGAUCCAGAGCCAUGGUUGUUGCUUGGAGAAGUCCUGUUGCCAAGGGGAGGGGGCUCUGUUAUUUUCUUGCCUUUGAAGAGUCCAUUAGAAGUUCAUGAGAUGGGGGUUGGAUUUGAUGAUUCAGAGACUGGGAGUGAACGAUCUUAGCUGAACCGGAAAAAAAGAAGCACUCAUGUUUAGUAAUUUGUGUCCUUUUAGGGGAAUUAGUGAUCGAUUCAUGUAUUUUUUAAAUGAAUCACGUAAUUCAAAUUUAGCAGCCAACACGGGUGUAUAUUUGCGAGGAGCGUGGGAGUUGAUAUGGUAUUUUGUCAGGCAAAUGUAUUUUCCUAUUUAUUGUUGAGUGCUCUUUCCCUUUUCUGAUGAUUGUUCUGGUUCAGUCACUGUAACUACUGCAGAGACAAGCCCAAAACAUCCCACCACUUAAAAGCACCAGUCUCUCUUUUUAUUUUGGAAAGGUGUGGUUAUAUUUCAUACACAUGUAAUAUCUGGGCUUGGACUCAUUGUUUUUAUCUAACAGAGUUCAGGGGAGAGGACAUAGUUGGAUGUUGUAUCAGGGUGUAAGAAUGUGUGUUAUAACUGUGUUUCUUCCCUGUAACAGUAAACACAAACUGUAUGUGUCCUAACAAGUCAGCCCAUAUUACCAUCCACUACUUCAUUUCAACAUUGUCAUAACCUCUACAAAAUUACAAUUAUGUACUGUACAUAAACAAAAAGUUCAGGGAUGACUCUAUAACUAGUACGAUUAGUUUCAAUUAUGUUCUUAGUAAUAUUCUUGAGUUUUUCCUCAAGCAAACAGCAAAAACUUUCAUUGAUAUUGAUAGGUUAGCGACCAUUCAGUGAUGAUCAACCCACACGUCCCAACAGGUCCAACGUUUCUCCUAAAGUUGAAGGUAGGUUGUGGCAACGUUAGUUUCAUCUGUAGCAGCUGCAGCUCUAGUGUGAUUUAGCCGUGUCUUUGAUGUCGUGCGGAGCGGUGUCCAAGCAGACCACAUGCUGGGGGGCCAUGCGCUAGUUAUUUCUGGAAUGAGAAAAAUCGACCACCAGGAGGGAGAACGAGAGAUGAGAGAGAGUGAGGAAGAGAAGGUGUCCUGUUCAGCCUCUGGAUAGGUUCACUAGCAGGGAGAGAGAGGUGUCCUGUUCAGCCUCUGGAUAGGUUCACUAGCAGGGAGAGAGAGGUGUCCUGUUCAGCCUCUGGAUAGGUUCACUAGCAGGGAGAGAGAGGUGUCCUGUUCAGCCUCUGGAUAGGUUCACUAGCAGGGAGAGAGAGGUGUCCUGUUCAGCCUCUGGAUAGGUUCACUAGCAGGGAGAGAGAGGUGUCCUGUUCAGCCUCUGGAUAGGUUCACUAGCAGGGAGAGAGAGGUGUCCUGUUCAGCCUCUGGAUAGGUUCACUAGCAGGGAGAGAGAGGUGUCCUGUUCAGCCUCUGGAUAGGUUCACUAGCAGGGAGAGAGAGGUGUCCUGUUCAGCCUCUGGAUAGGUUCACUAGCAGGGAGAGAGAGGUGUCCUGUUCAGCCCAGAGGUAAUUUUACCACCAGAGGACUGGAAUGAGUAAUGAGGAGAGAGAGAGAGGGCCAGCUGAGAUCAAUAGUGAUGGGCUUCUCAAACACAGGAACACGGUAAAUAUUUCCCUCCACUGUCUGAUACACAGUAUAUUUAGUGUACUGACACCAACUCACGUCCUUUGUAAAGGGGAUGGACUAUCAGUGAGAAAUACAUUAGCUUCUGCCUCUGUUGGCUGCAAGUGUGGGAUUCAGUUUGAACAAGUCUUUAAAUAAGAAUAGCUGAAAUUCAUUGUGACUGACAUCAUUCACUUCAGCCAGUCAAUGAUGGGAAACAAGGAUCAGCUUGUCUCAUGGAUACUGUGUAUCCAGCUGUAGUCUCAUAUAACGUAGUGUUAGAGCAGUGGAUCUCACACCUCUUUGAAGGACAACCGCAGUUAACAAAAGACACAUUGAUAAUGCUGUUAGUGAGAGAAUAAAGUCAAUGUUGGAUAUCAAAAACGGUUGAUUACAUUUGUUUAAUGUCUUUUAGUAGGAGAAACAUGAUCAAUGUUACAGUCUAUAUCUUUUGUGUAAGGUUUUCACAUAUCAAUGUUAUAGUGUGUGUGUGAAGGUUGAAGUGCCCAAGUUAAGGGCUCUACUAUUGGAAGUGCACUAUAUCCAUCCAUGCUCGUCUCAAGAACCAUACUGCACUCCCAUCGCCCUCCUCUUUUGACCAGAGCUUAGUAGUAUUUGCAUCUGAAAUGUGGUUUAGGCGCCUAAUGUUUUGAGUCCCUGUACAUGCUUAGUUUGUCUGUGGUCCCUCUUAAUCUUCACUACAAUGGUUUCAGAGGAAGCUUCAGUAGUCAGCAGCACCAUGUUGUUAUCUGAAUUCAGGAGAUUUUGUAAAGCUUGUUAAGUGUUGGUUUUCUGUCCAUAUCACAAUGUCAUGAAUCAGUUAACUUGUGUAAUUUUCCAUUCAAAAGUUGAUGUACAGUAUGAGAUGCAGUUGUGUUACAGGGUGAAUUGAGUCUGUUAGGAGGAGCUCUUCACCUGGCACCUGUUACUGUAGCCAUGUAGCCUGAACCUGACACCACUGUGCCCUCCUUUUGUCCUCUGUCCCUGUCCUCUGUCCCUGUUCUCUGUCCCUGUCCUCUGUCCCUGUCCCCAGUGACUGUCUCUUAUCCCAGCCCUAUCGUCCUCUCCUCCCCAGACUGUCGUAACCCCUCCCUCUCUCCCUGGUCCAACUCUCUUCACCAGAAUGUUCUGCAAAUGUACUGUAUUUCAUACGAAGGCCAUUAUUUGUAAAUACACAAAUGUGUUGGAGCAGCUAUGACUAACUACAAAAAAAGAUUUAAUAAAAGUUAUUUGUCAUUGUUGUAA